CUUAUUUAAAUAUUGGCAGACGUUUUACGGUUUUAUUUUUAGGUUAUAUCUGUCGAUUUGACUUUGAAAUAAAGUUGUAUUUUCAAAAACCGAUGCAAUAAUGUCAUUGCGACUCGCAAAUUUUGUCACAAUUCGCCUUCUUCAAGACAACUUUCCCCUUUUACUAGUUCCUCAGUGUCGUGAAAGACAUACCAAACAUUGGGAUCCCAAAUGGAAAAGCCUCCGGCGUCAAAAAGUUAUGAAAGUCGACUUGCCUAAGUUUCGCGAAAAACCAGAAGACCUAACUGAGGAUCAAAUGCGUGCUAAAUUAAAAGAGCAUGGGCUUCUGCCUCCACGCCCGUGGGUCGAAAAACCAUUUUUUAUCAGCUCAACUGGUGGUAUUUUUGAGCCUUAUGUACCUCCAGAGGGGGACGGAAAAAUCUCUCCAAUUCAUAUGCAGGGGGCUAAACAGAAAUUGCAGUUUUUGGAAAAGAAGUCAAAAACGAUGAUGGCGAUUAGAAAGAUACGCAUGUUUGAGGAGGAGUUUGAUACAACGGCGUUUUGUAAAGAAGCUGAGGAGAUUUACGUGAAAAUGCACGAAUUAAUGGCAAAAAAAGAUUGGGAGAAUAUCACAGAUUAUGUCACUGAACGGGCAUAUCCAGAAGUUAUUCACAACGUGGAAAAUAAAACGAUUCACUGGAAGUUUAUUAAAAAUAUAGAGUUACCAAGAGUUGUACACGCGAGGUGUACUGAUGUAAUAACGAAAGAAAAUGUUUUUGGCCAAACCACAGUCAGAUUUCACACUCAACAGAUGCUGGCAGUGUAUGACCGAUUCGGCCGCUUGAUGCACGGUAGUGAAAUAAUCGCCAAGGACGUUUUAGAAUAUAUAGUGUUUGAAAAACACUUAGCCAACGUUUAUGGCAAAUGGCGAAUUCAGGGAAAAAUCAUCCCAGAUUGGCUUCCACCCAAACAACCAUCAGAAACCACUUACAUUAAGCCGGUUGAGGAAACACCCCCAACACUACCAGCCGAAGUACCACCUGAAGAAAAGGAAAUCUCUAAAGAAAGUAGUCCUUAAAAAACAUACAAAAAAUAUAUUUUAAAUUGUAAUAUACAAAUUUCCAAUAAAUUAUCAGUUAUUUAUACA